AGGAGAACAUCACGGAAAUUGUAAAUGGCUGAUAUUUUUCAUCCUAACAACAACAGCAAGAGCAAGAAUGGAGGUCUUAGGGUUUCAGUGUGUGCCGGUGCUCAAGAAGACGAACUCGAACAUUCGUUUGUCUCUAGAGAAGGCAGCCAGUACAGUCUCACCACCGGAAUAUUACCGUCUCUCGGCUCCACUACUAGCAACCGCCGGAUCAAACUUCGUAACUUCAUCAUCUCCCCUUACGAUCGUCGUUACAGGGCAUGGGAGACAUAUCUAGUUGCGUUGGUACUAUACACUGCAUGGGUGUCUCCAUUCGAAUUCGGUUUCCUGGAAAAACCAGAGAGACCGCUAUCAAUCAUUGAUAACAUUGUCAAUGGGUUCUUUGCCAUUGAUAUUAUCCUUACGUUCUUUGUAGCAUACCUCGACAAAAGUACCUAUCUUCUUGUGGACGACCCGAAACAGAUUGCUAAGAGGUAUAUAAUGACUUGGUUGGCAUUUGAUGUCAUCUCCACAAUCCCUUCUGAACUAGCCAGCAAAAUACCCUCUGGAUCCUUGCAAUCAUAUGGAUUAUUCAACAUGUUUAGAUUAUGGCGUUUGCGCAGAGUUAGCGCCAUGUUUGCCAGAUUGGAGAAAGAUAGGCACUUCAACUACUUCUGGGUUCGAUGUGCGAAGCUUAUCUUCGUUACCAUCUUUGCAGUACACUGCGCCGGUUGUUUCUACUAUUAUCUUGCUGCUGAUUAUCCUAACCCGUCUGGGACCUGGAUAGGGACUGAUAAUCCGAGUUUCAAAGACCAGCGUUUGUGGGAUCGUUACGUGACAUCAAUGUAUUGGUCCAUCACAACUCUGACAACCGUUGGAUAUGGCGAUUUGCAUGCUCAAAAUCGACGUGAGAUGAUAUUUGUCAUAUGCUACAUGCUUUUCAACCUCGGAUUGACUUCAUAUCUCAUAGGAAAUAUGACCAAUUUGGUUGUCCACGGUACCAGUAAAACACGUCAAUUUAGAGAUACGAUUCACGCAGCAUCGAGUUUUGCGCAUAGGAAUCACUUGCCUGUACGGUUGCAAGAUCAGAUGCUUUCACAUUUGUAUUUGAAGUUUAGAACCGACUCAGAGGGUCUUCAACAACAAGAGACUAUCGAGUCACUACCGAAAGCCAUUCGCUCAAGCAUUUCCCAUUAUCUGUUCUAUUCACUUCUCGACAAAGCCUACUUGUUUAAUGGUGUGUCCGAUGAUGUGCUCUUUCAGCUGGUCUCGGAAAUGAAAGCUGAAUACUUUCCUCCAAAAGAAGAUGUUAUUUUGCAGAAUGAAGCACCUACAGAUUUCUACAUACUUGUUACAGGAGCAGUGGAACUGCUUGUUAUGAAAAAUGGAGUUGAACACGUCGUAGGCGAAGCAAGACCCGGUGAUCUUUGUGGUGAGAUCGGGGUUCUUUGCUACAGACCUCAACUAUUCACAGUGCGCACCAAAAGAUUAAGCCAGUUAUUACGGUUGAACCGGACAACGUUCUUGAACAUCGUUCAAAGCCAUGUCGGUGAUGGGACCAUUAUGAUGGACAAUCUCCUCAAGCAUUUGAAAAACUUAAACGAUCCGCUUAUGGAAGGAAUCUUGUUAGAGACAGAGAAAAUGCUGGCUCAUGGGAGGAUGGACUUGCCGUUAAGUCUGUCGUUUGCUACACGUAGAGGUGAUGAUCAGUUGUUGCAAAAGUUGUUAAAGAAAGGUCUUGAUCCAAACGAAUCGGACAACAAUGGAAGAACUGCUUUGCACAUAGCAGCGUCACAAGGAAGUGAGAACUGUGUGGUUUUGCUGCUAGAUUAUGGAGCAGAUCCAAAUUGCACAGAUUCAGACGGGAAUGUUCCAUUAUGGGAGGCUAUGAUGGGUAACCACGAAACAGUAAUCAGGCUUUUGGCGGAUAACGGGGCCACCCUAUCAACAGGUGAUGUUGGACAGUUUUCUUGCGUUGCAGCCGAGCAGAACAACUUAGAUUUGCUCAAGCGAAUCAUUCGUCAUGGAGGAGAUGUCACGCGUGCCAGAAAUGAUGGAUCGACGGCUCUUCACGUUGCAGUUGGUGAAGGUAACACCGAGAUGGUGAAAUUUCUGUUAGACCAAGGAGCCAACAUUGACCAACAAGAUCAUCUCGGUUGGACCCCCCGAGACUUGGCUGACCAACAAGGACACGAAGAAAUAAAAACCAUAUUUCUAUCCUUCAAAUUACCAGAUGACCACCAGUUCACCAGACCACCACCGCUUGCGACGAUCCCUGAGAAGAAACGUGUUCGUGAUUCUGCACGUAUGAAAUUUCUUGGCAGGUUUAAAAGCGAGCCGAUGAUGAUCCAAUCCGGUCUUCAAGAUGCAGAUGACGGGUCUUGGAGCCGAUCACGCCGGAGACGAAGAAGAGGUGAUAGUUUCCAUAACUCACUUUUUGGGAUAAUGUCGAAUGCUCGAGAGGGUGAGAACAGUAUCGACUUAGUGUCACCGAGGCCUAAAAGCAUAGCUGUUUCAGUUGGCGGGAGGGAAAACCCCGGUCGGGUAGUUGUAAGUUGCCCUGAGAAAGGAGACGUUGGAGGGAAACUUGUCAUGUUACCGAGAAGCUUCCAGGAGUUACUGGAUAUUGGUGUAAAGAAGUACGGUUUUUUGGCAUCAAAGGUCCUAAACAAAGAUGGGGCGGAAGUAGACGGAAUAGAAGUAGUUAGGGACGGUGAUCAUUUGAUAUUCGUUAGUGAUUCUAGCCGGACGGUUGAGGAAUCAAAUUAACAAGAUGGUGAAAAUCUAAAAGAUAACACCAUCAGUUCUAAUCAGUGUAUUUGUUUAUCUCUUGGUUUAUAAGUUUCUUACUAAUAUAAUGAGGGCUAUUUUAGUUACCA